CAGAGCAGAGCAGAGCUCCAUUCAGCGGAGGACUGCAGCAGUGAACCGGACAGUGGAGCAGAGGUACGUCCAUCACAGCUUUGAGCCAAGAUUAUCUCACUGGUGUGUUUAACCAGGCUCCUGAAGCAGAAAAAUUCAGACCACUGAAGGUGACAGGGUAGACCAUUCCAUGUCAAAGCUGAAGGAGUGGGAAUAAAACAUACUAGACCUUUGCCCCCCACUGCAAACGUCCACCUCCCAACUUGUGUCCAUUAGUCCCCACCCCCUCCAGGGAUCCUCAGUGACUGAAGUGAACACUCUGCAGUGUAACUCAGAGUCUAGUCACCACUGACAACAGCAGUACUGAUGGAAGUCCCGACCCUGGCUGAGAUGGGAGAUUUGUGUCACACUCGGUCUUCCUCUCCAGAGGGUGAGACAGUGUGUGUUGCUCUCUCCCGUUAUGAGAACACUCUCCAGGAUGCCAUCAAGGAGAUCCAUGUGGACAUCAGCACUUUUAAACUAGGCAUGGAGCGGCGACUGGAGGAAACAGCCAACCUGAGUGGGCCCCUUGGUCGAGCAGUGGCUCAGCUUCAGCAGGAGAACCGGCAGCUCAAGAGCCAACUGGAGGCUCUCACCCAACAGGUGGAGCUCCUGACCGGAAUGACAUGUGACCACAGCACCUUGCUCAACAACCACAACCAGAAUAAUCACAGUCAUAAGAACCAUCUGAAAGACAUUCAGGAGAACCAUCAGGAGAUAAAAGAGAUGAUCUUUGGGAAGGGUCAGGCUCACACUCCGAGCCAGGGUCACCUCCACAUUCAGACCUACAGCCUUGGGAACCAGAUCCAGACCUACAAUGGACUUAGCAGUCAGUCCAACCCUACAUCUCCCCCUGCCAUCUUCUCAUCCUCCUCCACUUCAAGCAGUCCUCCUGUUGGCUCCAGAGUUUCCUCCAUGGUGACAGGCCCAUUGUCCAGCAGCAGCCCAUCCACAACCCGCUUCUCGAGUCGAGCAACUUUUGCUUUGUCCAACAAAAAUAGUAUUGAGCGAGAAGAGCCAAUCGAGGUGGAUCCAGCCCCAGCACAUGGACUGGAGAAUGGACAUUCUUCUGUGACAGAACAUUCAGUGUUGGUACAUGGAAAGAUCUCUCCACCCAGUGACUUCCCUCAUGAGCACACAGCCCCUGUUGAUAUGCGGAUGCCUCAUCUCCCCAUCACUGCUACAACCAAGACAGCAGAGAUCAAGGACCCUGACUCUCCCAGCAGCCCCAGCGGUUCCCAGCUGUCUCCCAUGUCAGACAGCCCACCUCUCAUCCAGUCCCCUGUUGCCACUAACCACGUUCAGACAAUGUUGGAGUCCCCAGUCCAACCAGUGUCCUCUGUGAAAACAUGGACUCCUGCUCCUGUCAAGACUCUAGGAUCUCCACACCUUCAAGAGAAGACAAAUUCAGCCUCUGUUAAGUCUGUGACAUAUUCAGCACCCCCACAGUAUGACAGAGACGGUGACAUAACCAGUGACAGGCCUGUCGGACAUGGAGGAGAGAGGAGGAGGGAGCUGGUGAGGUCGCAGACUCUGCCACGUAACAUUGGUGCUCAGGCACGGCACUCUAUCUUUGAAAAACUGGACCCUGAAAGUAGUAACAGCCACUCCAAACCUGUCGACUCUAAACCCAAACUGAAGCGCUCUCAGAGUUUUGGAGUUUCCAGUGCCAGCAGCAUCAAACAGGUUCUUCUUGAGUGGUGUCGUUCUAAGACCAUAGGCUACCAGAACAUCGACAUCCAGAACUUCUCAUCCAGUUGGAGUGAUGGGAUGGCUUUCUGCGCUUUGGUCCAUUCCUUCUUCCCGACAGAGUUUGACUACAACUCUCUGUCACCUGUAAACCGUAAACACAACUUUGAACUGGCCUUUGGAACCGCAGAGCUAAAGGCUGGCUGUGACCGGUUGAUUGAAGUGGACGACAUGAUGAUCAUGGGUCGUAAACCAGACCCCAUGUGUGUCUUCACUUACGUCCAGUCUCUCUACAACCACUUGCGCAAAUUUGAGUGAAGCUCAACAACAGAAGAUGCUCAGACUUCUCAACCUGUUGAUGUCCAGCAGCAAGAAUGUUCUCCUUCUUACUGUGUACUCAAAUUUAAUACUGAAUGGGUAAUCUCAGAAAAGACAAGACUGUCCCCUGGUGGCAGAUGAGUGGACAUCCUGCUACAUGCUGCCUUGGUUCACCUCUGUGCCUUUAGACUUUGAUUUAAUACAUACACAGUGGACAGUUACCACGGAUGAGGAACAAGCAUUCACCCAGUUUUGUCAGUGAUCUUUUUUUAUGUGUGUAUGUACGUGUGUAGUUGAUCAUGAGAUACAUUUGAUGACGGAUCUCACUUUUGCUGUGUCAUAGAAAUGUGAUUUAUCACCAUGCUUGUUUGGAAAUGAUCGUCUACUUUAUCAUUUGCAUCAAUGAAAAAGAGGUAAAUGACAUCACCGAACAACUAGACUGUAGGCACCUGUUUGUGGAAAACACUCUAUGAAUAUUCCAGCUCAUCAUCUUACAGCUGUGAUGGUGUGUUAUUUAGAAGAUGGAAUGAAACCAAGAAAUUGUACUGUAUAACACUUAGUUAAAGCUGCAUGUGUGUUACUGUAAUGAGAGGUUUGUGCUGUGACAUAACAGAAUUAAAGACAAAUAAAAGUACUAGUAUGGAGGUAGAUUUGGCUUCACCUUUAAAGUGAUAUUAGGUUUACAGCCCAAAAUUAAAUCUUAUUUUGUGAUUAUUGUUUUGUUCAGCCAUCCACUUUCCACACCACCUCCAGCCACUAGCCCCUUUUACACAGCACUUCUGUUAUAGGAAUAUUUCGCCUUUGAGUCCAUUCGAUUCUUAAACUCUAUAACAUGCAAAGCUCAACAUAAAGCUCAACUUGCAGGUAUUUUUAGUUAUAUUAAUGCUUGUUUGUGUAAUACUAUCUUACCAUACAUUUGAUAAAUCUUAAUUUGGUUUUACUUUCUGUAAGUAUAAUU